GGGUGGUUUAGAGUUGGGAAAAGGAGGGAUCUUGACAGAGUAACGAUACAGACCUUCAACUCUCAUGGGAAGAAAGGGCUGUUCUAUCGUUCACCAUUGUAUGUGAAAUGCGAUAUAUGGUUAUUGAUGCGUAGUGUUUUUUAUCUUGUCCUGAAAGGGCCAUUGAUCUAUUAACAUUCAAGUUAUUUGGCUGUCCAAUUAUGUGUGCUGAAGCUUUUUUUUUUUUUUCCAGACCAGCAUUCGCUUGAUUUACUUGUAUAACUGGGGACACUUCAUUUCCAGGUCCGUCAUGAAGCACGCAAUGUUCAGGUUUUAACAUUUGGGCAACAUCGUAUUGGCAAUGCAGCGUUUGUGUCUUACUACAGUGAUUGCGUGCGAAAUGCAAUACAUAUUGCUGAUGGACAUGAUAUUGUGUCUCAUUUGCCUCCAUACUAUUCUGGGUUCCAACAGAAGGCAUACCAUCGCUUCCCUAGAGAGAUCGGCAACUUGUAAAAGCAUUGCGGACCAUUUAGUCUAUUAUGGUGUGGAAUUAAUGGCUGAGACAUGGCGAUUGUGCAAAAUCGUCAUGGACGCACAAUUGAAGGAAAAUGGAGGUGAAGAUGUCAAAGGAAAUCUUAUGCUUUCCAGGAAUCCUUCUGCUUCUGCAUUGAGGCUGCGUUGUCAAAGGAAAUCUUCUACAUUGAAACUACAUUCAGAGUCCGAUGCCAAUAGUAACUUCAGUUAAAAUGCUCCUGGGUCAGCAGCCGGUUUCUCAAAGAUCAUCAGGGACCUCUAUGAUGUAGUUUGUUCACGAAAUGCAUUCCGUAGAUCUGUUGUCCAUUUCCAUCACAAGAUGCAUAGGAGCUCUACUCACAUUCGCUCUGAAUGUAAUUAGCACGAAGUUGAAUGUGUCAUCCAUGUAAAUACAACAUGAUUUCUAUUGAAUGUCGCAAGUUUACCU